AUAAUGAUCCAAAUGAUAAUCUUGAUUAGGAUUCAUUUUCAUUCUCGACAAUACUUUACACUCUCUUUUCAUUUAGUAACUAAAUUAAUUGUCUUUUAUAUCUUCUUAAAAAUGGAUGUUAUCAAAUUUGGAGACCAUCAACAGCAACAGCAACAGCAACUGCAACUGCAACUACAACCUGGCGAUAAUGUUAAAACAGCCAAUCAUUGGGAACCAGGCGAAUCAAAUCAAUUGCAACAACACCAACAGGUUGAACAUGCGACAUUAAAACACCAGGAAUCGACAAGCUGUUUAAACACACCAUCAGCUAUUCAGCCAGUUCCACCAGCAUCACCAUUUAUUGGUUUAUCAAAGUUUGGAGUAAUUACAAGUGAUAAAACUCAUCAUCGGUUGGUUAAUGAUAAUUCUUACAGUUUGUCUCAAAGCUAUGAAGCUAUUAUUCUUGAAAAUCAAAUCAAUUUUAACCAUCGUCGACAAAAUGCUUUAUUUACUUCGCCACCAGAUACUUUCACCAAGGAUUGCAAUAGACAUUUACCAAGUGUUUUAAAUUCAAACUCUCUUGAUAGUGCCAAUUUCAUUAGACGUCGCAAUGAACGGGAACGAGCUCGAGUUAAAAAUGUAAAUGAAGGCUUUGAUCGACUUCGGAAACAUUUACCAUUAUCACCAAGUCAACGAGAGAAACGAUUGUCUAAAGUUGAAACAUUAAAAAUGGCAAUUAGUUACAUUAGACAUCUUGAAACUGUCCUCAAAUCAAAUGAUCCAAAAGAAGAGCGAUCAAUUUAGCUUAAAUCACACCAUUCAAUCCAAUUUCAAUAUCUAUAAUUAGCAUUGAAAGCUAUCAUUAAUGAUAGCUUACAAUAUCA